AUGUCCUUCGUCAACGUCCCUGCCGGCUCGCACUUCCCCAUCCAGAACAUCCCCUUUGGCGUCAUCUCGACUGCCUCGGAUGCUACUCCCCGUCCUGCCACCGUCAUCGGUGAUCAUGCUGUCGAUCUCCGCGCCGUUGCCGAGGCCGGUCUGUUCAAUGGCCCUCUCCUCAAGGCCGUUGCCAAGGAUGUCUUCUCCAAGCCCUCGCUGAAUGCCUUCAUGGCCCUGGGCCGCCCCGCCUGGAGAGAAGCCCGCCACACCCUGCAGGCUCUGCUUGCUGCCUCGGGCCCUGUCGUCGACCUCCGCGAAUCGCAGGAGCUGCAGGCCAAGAUCCUGGUCCCUCUUGCCCAUGUCACCAACCACCUGCCCGCCGAGAUCGGAGACUACACCGACUUUUACGCCUCCAAGGAGCAUGCCACCAACGUCGGCAUCAUGUUCCGCGGCAAGGACAACGCUCUCAUGCCCAACUGGGUCCACAUUCCCGUUGGCUACCAUGGUCGCUCGUCCUCCGUCGUCGUUUCCGGAACUCCGCUGCACCGCCCUUGCGGUCAGAUCCUGAACCCGGCCACCAAGCUCCCCGAGUUUGGCGCCUCCAAGAAGCUCGACAUUGAGCUGGAGAUGGCCUUCUUUGUCGGCACCGGCAACAAGCUCGGCGACCGCAUCAGCGUCAAGGAUGCCGAGGAGCAUAUUUUUGGUGUUGUCGUCAUGAACGACUGGAGUGCCCGUGAUAUCCAGUCCUAUGAGUACGUUCCCCUUGGCCCCUUCCUUGGCAAGAACUUUGGCACCACCAUCUCUCCCUGGAUCGUCACCCUCGACGCUCUCGAGCCCUUCCGCGUUGCCCAGCCCCAUCAGGACCCCGCUCCUGUCGCCUAUCUCCAGGACCCCACCCAGGACAAGAACACCUACGACAUCAAGCUCGAAGUUGACUGGAAGCCCCGCAACCAUACCGAGGCUCACACCAUUGUCAAGUCUAACCUAAAGUACAUGUACUGGUCGUUCAAGCAGCAGCUCGCCCACCACACCAUCAACGGCUGCAACGCCCGCACUGGCGAUCUUUGCGGCACCGGCACCAUCUCCGGCAAGGACCAGAGCGAGUUUGGCUCCUUCCUCGAGCUGACCUGGAACGGCGCCAACCCCGUCAACGUCAAGGGCGAGACCCGCACCUUCCUGGAAGACGGCGAUGAGAUCAUCCUGCGAGGCUACUGCGAGGGCCUUGUUGAUGGCCAGAACGUCCGUAUCGGCUUUGGCGAGGCUGCUGGUGCCAUCCUCCCUGCCAAGCCCUUCAGCGGUUAA